GCGCGAGGCGGGGGAUUCAAGCGCGUUAUAAGGCGCCGACCUGACCAGCCGUGCUCGUUGCUGCCGCUGCCGCCGCCGCCAGCAUGGCCUCGACCCGCAGCCCCGUCGGAGCGCGCACGCUGCUCGCCUGCGCCAGUCUGCUCGCCGCCGUGGGCCUCAGUGUCCCGGAGUCCGCCGAGCCCGUGGGGACCCAAGCAGGCUCGCAGCCGCCCGCAGCCGAACUGCCCGCCCCGCCAGCCCACAGCCCGCCGGAGCCCACCAUCGCGCAUGCGCACAGUGUGGAUCCCCGGGAUGCUUGGAUGCUAUUUGUUAAGCAGAGUGACAAGGGCAUCAACAGUAAGAGGAGGAGCAGGACCAAAACCAGGAGGCUGAAGCUUGGCCUGCCAGGACCCCCAGGGCCACCAGGUCCUCAGGGCCCCCCAGGUCCCUUUAUCCCAUCUGAGGUUCUGCUAAAGGAGUUCCGGCUGUUGCUCAGCGGGGCAGUCCGGCAGCGAGAGAGCACGGAUCCGGAGCACUGCACCAGGGAUCUCACUACACCAGCCUCCGCCAGCCCUUCCCGUGUCCCAGCCACCCAGGAGCUUGAUAGCCCGGACCCAGGGGCCGUGUUAGCUCUGCUGGCUGCGACCUUGGCCCAGGGCCCGCGGGCACCACGUGUGGAGGCCGCAUUCCACUGUCGCCUGCGCCGCGAUGUGCAGGUGGAGCGGCGUGCACUGCACGAGCUCGGGGUUUACUACCUGCCGGAAGUUGAGGGAGCCUUCCGCCGGGGCCCUGGCUUGAACCUGACCAGCGGCCAGUACACCGCACCCGUGGCUGGCUUCUAUGCGCUCGCAGCUACUCUGCACGUGGCACUCACCGAGCAGCCAAGAAAGGGUCCAGCACGACCCCGGGACCGUCUGCGCCUGCUGAUUUGUAUCCAGUCUCUCUGCCAGCACAACGCCUCCCUGGAGACUGUGAUGGGGCUGGAGAAUAGCAGCGAGCUCUUCACCAUCUCAGUCAACGGUGUCCUCUAUCUACAGACAGGACACUACACCUCCGUCUUCUUGGACAAUGCCAGUGGCUCCUCCCUCACGUACAGCCUCAGGGACCUAGGGACUUCAGGGGCCAGUGAUCCUGGGCCUGGAAGCAGCUGUAUCUGGGGUAAGCAAGAUGAACUACAGGCCCCUGGUGAGCACCCCAACACAGUGGAGCUGUACUCCACCCCUUCUCACAGACAAGGCCAUCCUCAUCCUCCACUAAGGCUACCAGCCAACUCCCCAACCCUCUGAGGCCCAGGGUCCACACAGGGCACCAGCUCACAAGUUUCCCUCCCGAGACUCCAUUGCAAAGGGGGUGGUCUGGCUGAAUGGGCAGCUCGGUGAUGAAGAAGAUGGCUGAGGACUCUUCCUGUCAGCCUGCAGCUUGUUUUAGUAGUUUUCCCGUUUUUAACGAAAUGUGGGACCAGCCCCGAAUGGGCAGUACAGAAGACUGGGCCCUCCCACUACGAGUCCCGACGGCCUGCUGAUGAAAGAGCUGACAACCAGCACAGGCCCACCCACAGCUGCUUUGGGGUCUCCGCCUGGCAGGGGUGCUCAAGCCUGGGACAGGAUAGCUCCAGCUGAUGCCAGGAUGCGACUACACCGGAACACCCCUCUAUAAUCAGACCUAUCCCCAAAUCAGGCUGCCAACACAGAGCAACAGGUGCCCGGGGGCCGUCCGAGAGCAGGCCUGGCCUGAUUCUCAGUAGGGCUGGUACCCACCCUACCAGGAAGCACUGUGCUGGCCUGGGUCCUGACUCCCUGGCACUCUGAUAAGGACACGAGGUGGACACACCCCACGCUUUUCUGGAUUUCACGUUGUAUCCAGUGGGCACAGACAUGUUAGUGACGUUAUCUUCUACCCUUGAGAAGGCAUAUAAGCACGUAUCUUACCUUCCAACAAGUGUGUUACCCAGCAAUUUAAAAGUAUUUAUUGUGUCCUAUUGCUAGGCAGAAUGUAUUUAUGUAACAGAUCACACAAAGUCGUAACAAUGAAGGGCAGGCGGAGAAGCAUGACCUCCUCUUUACAGCUGACCUCACCAAAGCCCAUGAGGGGUCAGCUCUGGAAAGCAAGGGAGAAAUGCCUUCAGUCUUGGGACUCCAUUGAGGGUAGCAGGAGAGACUCUUACUAACCAGGAAGGCCACAGUGCAGAGAGUCACCCAGACAGAAGCACCUGGGGACAUGGGUCACAGCCUGUGGGGGCACUGAAUGAUUCUUGGGUUGCUAUAAGAAAUUGCUAAAUUAAACUGUUUCGCUUUCUGGUGA